UAGAAUGUCCACGCUGGAAAACGAGGUGACAUUUCGCAAGAGAACGGAACUCAGCCAAAAUCUGGAGGCACAAUUCCACAGCUCCUCCACAGAGUUCAUACAGAUCACAGAUCAUCGCACCUCCAAGCACAAGAGUCUCGAACAGCUGGCGGCAGCCAAAGUGACAAAUGAUCAAUCAAGCGACACCUGCUGCAGCCGCCAGUGCAGCAAUCUAUGCCGCAUGAAGACGCUCAGGAAGCGUCUGCCCAUACUCGGCUGGUUGCCCAAAUAUAACAGAAGCGACGCCUUUGGCGAUCUUAUAGCGGGCCUCACCGUGGGCCUUACGGUCAUACCCCAAGGUCUCGCCUACUCGGGCGUCGUGGGUUUGCCGCCCCAGUACGGUCUGUAUGGUUCGUUUAUGGGCUGCUUUGUGUACGUGCUGCUGGGCACCUGCAAGGAUUGCACCAUUGGCAGCACUGCAGUUGCCUCGCUGAUGACCUACCAGUUCGCGCAGGGCUCCUGGCAGCGUUCGGUGCUGCUCACCUUUCUGACGGGCUUCAUAGAGCUGCUGAUGGCGGUCUUUCGGCUGGGCUACCUGGUGGAGUUUGUGUCGGGGCCGGUGAGCGCCGGCUUUACGAGCGCCGUGGCCCUGAUAGUGUGCACCUCGCAAAUGAAGUACAUUCUGGGCGUGAACAGCGAUGGAGUGUCCUUCCUGCAGCGCUGGAUCAGCAUGAUUGGCGACAUUGGCCAUAUACGCGUGUCGGACAGCUGCCUGGGCUUCGGCUGCGUGGCGCUGCUGCUGGCCAUGCGCGCCCUGGGCCGGCUGAGCCUUGGAGCCAAGGAUCCGACGCAACGCAAUGGCUGGCAGCGUGCUGUGAAUCAUUUGAUACGAUUUGUGGGCAUCUCGAGGAAUGCAACGGUUGUGCUGGCCACCACUGUGCUGGCCAUGCAGCUGGAGGCUGGCGGCCGGAAUCCCUUUGUCUUGACUGGCUAUAUACCGCCGGGGCUGCCAACGCUGGCGCUGCCGCCCUUCUCAAUUGAGCCGCAGCCCGGCAAUGCCACGGCCGGCAUUGCGCCUGUGCCCGGCGAGACUUUCCUGGAGAUGGUGCACAAUUUGGGCUACGGCCUGCUGAUCGUGCCGCUCAUAGCGCUGCUCGAGAAUGCGUCGGUGUGCAAGGCCUUCGCCAAGGGCAAACACAUCGAUAUGACCCAGGAGCUGAUGGCCACGGGCGUGGCCAACAUUGCCAACUCGCUCUUCAGUGGCUAUCGAAGCAACAGCGGCCUGGCCCGCUCGGCCAUCAACAAUGCCAGUGGCUGUCGCACCAGCAUGUCCAAUCUAUAUAUUGGUCUGGUUGUGGUGCUGGCGCUCAGCUUUCUCACCGAGUACUUUUGCUUUAUACCACGAGCUGUGCUCGCGGCCAUACUCAUCUCGGCGGUCAUCUUUCAGGUGCAGUACCAGAUCGUAAUACCCAUGUGGCGCAGCAAACGCUCCGAUCUGGUGCCUGGUGUCUUGGCAUUUGUCACUUGCCUGGUGCUGCCCCUGGAGAUCGGCAUCCUGGUGGCAAUUGCAGCCAAUCAGCUGUUUAUUCUCUACCAUGCGGCACGGCCCAAGGUCGUAUUGGAGCAGCUGGAAACGGAACAGGGCAUUCAGUUCAUAAAGAUCACGCCCGAUCGCUGCCUAAUCUUUCCCUCCGUCGAGUUUCUGCGCACCAUGGUGCUCAAGUCGGGCAGCCGCACCACCUUGCCCAUUGUCAUCGACUGCACCUAUAUCUAUGCGGCUGAUUUUACCGCCGCCAAGGUCAUCUCCUCCAUGGUUGAUGACUUUCGCGCGCGCCAGCAGAAGAUCAUAUUUUUCAAUCUGAAGCCCAGCGUGGUCAGCAUUUUCGAGGGCCUCAACACACGCCUGGUGCUCUGCUACAACAUGCACGCUCUCAGCCAUGAGCUGAGCUCGACUGGAUUGGAUCGCUCGCACUCGAUGGACACCCCAGAAGAGGUCGAGAGGGGCGUGGGCCCGGAUUGCGUGAGCACGGCCAGCACACUAUGCCUGGCCAGGAGCUAGGCAGCCAAGUAAGCUCUUUUAAUAUUCUAUGUAUAUAUAUAGGUGCUAUAAUAUUGCUCAGGAUUUUAUAUGAAU